GCCAGAGCUUCUGAUUGGUUAACAGUCACUUCCGGUUGUAGCGCUCUUCAUUUGAAAAUGUUCGGUUGGUGGAGGAUGCUCUGUCGCCAUUGUUAAAAGUCGGAGUCCGCUAUGUUUCUAAAAGUGCUACUCUGAGGAUAAAACAACGUUUUACACAGUGCACAGGGUAUAAACAUGGCUCAGCGCGUGGCAUCAUCAGAUGGAGGCAACAAGAAGACAUCCAGAGUUCGUGUGACGGUCCGUCUGAGACCUUACAUGAGUAAACAAGAUGAGAAAGAGGAGGGACCUUGCGUAAGAGGCCUGGACUCCCAGAAUCUGGAGAUAGUCAACUGGAGGAACGCAACAGAAUCAGUCAAAUACCAUUUUGAUGUUUACCAUGGGGAGCAAACAACGCAGCAAGAGGUUUUCCGUUCAUCAGUGAAGCCCACUCUGCCUCACAUACUGACCGGACAAAAUGCCAGUGUCUUUGCCUAUGGACCAACAGGAGCUGGUAAGACCCACACCAUGUUGGGUACUCCAGAGCAGCCAGGCGUGAUUCCCCGGGCCGUGCGUGAGGUCUUCAAUUUGGUCAAAGCAAAAGAGGAGGAUGAAGGAUGGGACUACAGUAUUGGCAUGUCUUAUUUGGAAAUUUACAAUGAGAAGGUGCUAGAUCUCUUAUCACCAGGCUCCCAGGAUUUGCCAAUCAGAGAGGACAAGGACAAAAACAUCCUCAUCCCCGGUCUCACCCACACAACCAUCUCCUCCUUCUCUGAUUUUGACAAACACUUUAUCCCUGCCAGCCUCAAUCGUACCACAGCUUCUACCAAACUGAACCAGCGCUCCAGUCGCAGUCACGCUAUCCUCCUCAUCAAGGUUGUGAGGACUCAACGUGCCCUGCCCCACAGACAACAGACAGGAAAGCUGUACCUGGUUGACCUUGCCGGGUCGGAGGACAACCGUCGCACCGGCAACCAAGGCAUCCGUCUGAAGGAGAGCGGCGCCAUCAACCUGUCUCUCUUCACACUCAGCAAAGUGGUGGACUCUCUUAAUUCCGGCACUGCCAUCCGUGUGCCGUACAGAGACAGUAAACUAACACGGUUGCUGCAGGACUCCCUGGGCGGCUCAGCGCACUCAGUCAUGAUCACCAACAUCGCACCGGAGUACAAAUACUAUUUUGAUACCUUUAGUGCACUGAACUUUGCAGCCAAAUCCAAGCUCAUUGUGAACAAGCCCUUCACACGUGAAACUGUGGCCGUGCCUGUGCUGCCAGUGAAGCGGGCCAGAGAAGACCACGAGGCACGCGGGUCUGGCACCGAGCCACACAAGAAGAGACAAAAAGAGGAGAGGAAAACGGAACAAGAUGGUUCCUCGCCCUCUGCACAUUUUCACAGUCAGUCAGACCCUUCGGUAAUGGACAGACUAGUUGCUCUGGAGAAACUUAUGAUGAGCUGCCAGGACAAAGACAGACUCGGCAUGCUUAAAGAUGUGGCCCAGUCUCGCAAGGAGAUCCAGGAACUGAAAGAGAAGCAGAAAGAGUUUGAGACCAAGGCCAUGCUGUUCAGUCGCCCCACAGGAGAAAAGUCUCGUGUCCCGCAGGAGUCUGUCUUCAAAAACAACAUAGCUCCUCUGCAGAGAAAACAGUCAACUGCAACCAAACCAAAUAAGCAACAGGCAGUGGUCCAACCUCUGCAAGUGUCCCAGCUGCAGCCUCUUCAGCAGCUUGCAGUCGUCAGGAAACAGUCCGUCUGCGUCAAGAAGAAGGAGAGGAAGCUUUCAGACCAGGUUGAGGCUCCAGAUGGUAAAGAAAACAUCGAGCAUAGCUGGGAGUCCCAGCUUGACUCAUCUGUUCUAGAACAGUCAAGACAGAAAAUCAUGCAGGUUCUCAAUACUGGCUCCCUAAAAGACCUGAAGGGUCUGCAGCAGAUUGGUGACAAGAAGGCAAAGCUCAUCCUGGGCUGGAGGGAGAUCCAUGGGCUUUUCAGAAAGUUGGAAGAUCUCAGAGGAGUUGAGGGUAUGACCGAGAAGAGAUUUUCCUCCUUCAUGAAGGCAAACAUCCUGAGUGCCAUGGGGAAAUGAUGAAAGUGUAUUCUUCUUUGUUAAACCUAACCCUGUGUAAUGUGUACCUUGUGUAAUGUAUAUAAAUUAUAUCUCAGACGCUUUUGUCUUUUUAUGUUUUGGUUUUAUGGUGUUUUUGUAGUUACCACUGUGCACCAGAUGGUGGCGUACCAUUUCUUUUUAAUAAAUCCCUCAAGGCAUUGAAAA